CCCCAUUCGAGGCAUAUUUAUUGUCUGCAUUCCAGAAGCCCUGCCAAGGAAAUGGAGGCUGCAACACGCGUACUCCUCCUGAUCUUCCUAGUCCCGAUCCCGUUAGUCCGCAUGAGACUCUUACCAUUUGAGGGUCUCAAAUGCUACGGUCAGUUCGGUAGUAGUCCGUCGCCUAGUAUGGGUACCUUAGUAGUAGUCGCUCGCUGCCCUAUCCUUGAAGCUAUAUCUGGAGAACAUUAUAUCUAGUUGGGCGUUAUUAAACCCCAACGGUCGGAAAGCAAGGGGGCUAAAUGCGUGUAUUAGAUAAUUGAGCUGUUUUAAAAGGAACUGCCCAGUUAACUUCCUUUUCCGGUCCUAUGGAUGUGAAAUAUCAAAAUCCAGUCAAGGGGAAACUUCGGUUGAAUGCGGCCAAAAAAAAAAAAAAAAAAACAAACAACAAACAAA